AUGAAGAUCUUUCUCACAUUUGAAAAUAUAAAAGAGCAGAUUCAACAUGCUCUUCAACAAGUGGAAGAGAAGACUAAAAUCCGUGAUGAAAUUCGAGCUGAAAGCCAGACUAAAAAGGCCAGUUGUAAAGAGUAUGGGCAAGAAUUUAGAGCAGCAGUACAAGAAGAGAGAGCUGCUAGAGAUUUUCUUAAAUCCAAACGGCAGGAGAUGGAUUCAGUUCAAUCCACCAUGAAUAGAUUAAAUGAUGCAAUUUCUGUAGGGGAUAUCGAUAGCAAGAUUAGAAACAUGGAACACAUGAUUCAGCAUGAAACUCUGCCUCUAAAAGAAGAAAAGCAAUUGAUAAGGGUUUAUUCUCCAAUUAAAAGUUGA